AUGGGUAGCGUUUGGGUCAGUAGAGAGUCAGUGGUGCUUCUCAGGCCCAUCAGCUCUUGUGAACCAAUUCGCACCACUGAAGUUGAAAUCCCAGCCUGGCUUCUACAUUUCUUAAAUGUGUUUCUAAACCCACGCCCUGGUACUAGAACAAGCCCAAACCCUUACUCAAACUUGACCAGCAUUUGGCUUAAAGGGUCAUGGGUCGACUAUCGCUUCGAUUGCCUGGUUUUUGACAGCUUGGUUUCUCGUCUCUCUAUCUUUUUCCCUGAUUCUGAGACUCCCCAUAGUUGUACUGCUCAGAUUCAAGAACUACCGGAUGAGUUUGAUUCUGCGGUUCCCUCCACCCCAGAACCUAGUGUGGCCAAAUCGAGUCAAAGAGAUUCUCAUUUCCCCCUUACUCUUUCUUUUUCUCCCUCACGAGUAGAGAAUUCGGGAUCCCCUUCUUCAAUUUCACCAAUGAUAACCUCUUGGGUUGAGAGUGAACUCCCCUCACCUUCUUGCGUCCCAGAUAGUCAAGCGAGGGAAUGGAAUAUGGACGUGUUCCCCUUCGAUGCCACUACUUUGGAGGGUACCUGUAUCUCGCUGGGGAGGAUGUUCAACCUCGAACAAGUGGAGGGACAGGCUAAGGUAGAGGAGGUAUUAAGCAGCAAAGCUAAGGAGAUGCACAAGCGAAAGCUUCGCCCUGUUCGAACCAAACUGGAAAUGGAACAAUUCCUCCUAGGGCCUUCUCCCGCGGUGGCGACUAGGUCGCGGAGGCAUAAGUCAAGAGAUGCUGGAGGUAAUCUUAUUUCUGGUAUUGAUGGAUAA